AGCGGUACCUUAUGAAGGAUAUGGAUGUGAGUUGUAUGAGUAAUCGAUUCUCAUCUCGCGAGAAGCUCGCAGCUUGUUAUAUUGGGCCGCAUCAAAGUAGAUUGUUCAAUAGUGAUUGUGAAGUUAGCGAGCUUUCUGCUGCUGCAUAUUGUGCCGAUUAGUUUGAGAGGACCCCGAGUUAAUGAUGGCAAUUGAGGCUGAUAUGUUCCUAUUCAAGGUGGUGCUCCUCGCAACACUAACCUUCGCUGUUUAUACAAAAGCUGAGACCUCCCUCAACCCCAGUUCUGGAUCAGAAGGGGAUCAAUACACGAAGCGUGGAGAGACAAGAAUUUUGGAGGAACCUCCAUCUAAAACGGCAAUCUCUGCUGGCAGAGAUGCAACAGAUAGAAUACAGCCAGAUAGUCCUAAUGGCGUUCUGAUGAGGCUCUUAAACCACAAAGAAUCCAAAAACAGCUACUCAACCAGAAGCUACCAGAAUGCCCCUAAAGGAAAAACUGAUCGAACGAAAAGAAGCUACUAUCCUUACUACACUGGAUCAAUCCAAUGGCCACAGUUCGACGGUCUAAACACAUGGAGACCAAACUACUAUCCCAUACAAAGACCAUACUUCGUUCCAGUGUACGGAUACGACGGCAGGAUACCUCUAUACUACCCCCAAAUUACUUAUUUCUACCCUGGAAGCCCAUCUCUCAAUCCUGGAAAACCUCCUUACGUAGGACCAACCUAUUUACCUCCAGUUACAACUAUAGCUCCACCAAAUGCAACAAGUUCGGGUACAGAUGACACCACGAUGCCUAUAGAUGAUCGUUUUGGUGACAACGAUGACGAUGAAAGGCCAAUUUGGGACAACAACGGAGCUUAUUACCCUAGAAGGCCAUCCACCCAAAGAACUCCUGUACAACCAACAAGGAGGCCAAUGGUUGCAACAUCUACCUUCCCUCCUUUGGUACAUAAAGACACCAACACCACCAAAAACGUAAAUGAUAUGUCGGUCGACAGUGAAAAUGAGAUAGCAACCAUACCGCCUUCCAUACCAAGGCCUCAAGGGCCUAGCAAAUGCGUUUGGGCUAUCGUAUCUUGCUGCUCAACUGCUUCCAGAGAAGUUAGUUACGAAUGCUUCGAUCAGCUUGGGUGUGGUGGUCCAUUCUGGGAUGUAAAUCCGUGUGAUUCUGAGUAUGCCAAAGCUGCCAUACAAACUGCUUUGAAUUAUUACAAUUCAAGGUCAUGAGAGAUGACAUACAAUAAGAAACACAUUGAUUUCGUUUAGGAACGUAUUUUCAGAAAGUUGAGGAUAUGUGCGAAUAUAAGGCUUUAUUUUUCCAAAGAAUACACUGCCUUAACUUCGUCAACGGAGAGGAAAAUGGUAGGUAGGCUUAGACAAACUGCUUAUUGUCCAUUUUCCAUAAUAUAAAAAUGAAAACUGUAAUUUUGAAUUCUCGAAAUACUAACUUUUCAAUUGAAUUUUCCACAUUGAUGUGGAUCGAAAUCCAGCUGUGGUAGAUUUUUGCAUCAUAUUAUUGUUGGAUGGUUUCCAAUUUUAAUAUUUGAAUUGGAAUGUCACUCUUAAUUCCAACUUUAUAAUAAUUUAUUGCCAACGUGAAAUAUGUGUUCGAAUAUGUUGGGAUGAAUAUUAUAUAUACGUUUAUGUUUUCAUUAAUCCUACUGCAUAUGUGCCAAAAAUUUACAUAUUUUCAAUUAAGCAGUAUAUCCCUUCAUUAUCCAUAUGUUUAUUUUUAGUCGAAUAAAUUUAACUGGUUUAAAUUCAUUUCGACUAGCUUAUCAAUUAACAAUCGUUUGAAUUCAGCGAGAAAUUGAAUAUCCAUCCAUUAUCCAAUAAUAACAUGAACUCUGUACAGGGUAUUUCCGAAAAAAUAUUUUUGCGGGUUAAUCUUUGUCAAAACUAGGAGGGAGUCUUUUAUGUGACCAAAAGCUAUUAUGCCUUUUUCUGAAAAAUUACAUGCUUUAAAAAGCAGAAAAAAAUCUAUAUUCUUGAAAGUGCAUAUCAAUUGAAGAAAUGACAUUUUUUACCACUGGGGACGCUAUCAACGAAUAUUUUUUAAAUUUUUUUAUUAUCUUUUCAAGAGGUAAAUAUACAACCCAUAUUGUAUUUUUUAUCAGAAUUUUUUUUACGGAACAAAUUUAUCAAUUAAAAAAUAUGUUCUAAAUAUAUUUGAAAAAAUAUGUGUUGAAAACAUCAAUUCAUCAUAAACAUUUUUGAAUAAUUUAAUAUGAUAAUGAUAUAAAAAAUAUAAUAUAGAAAAAUAUAAUACAACAUUGUGCAUGAACAGAUUUUUGAGAACGAAAUCGAAAAAUUAAAUAGAUGGCUGUCUCAUUUUAUUAUUGGUAGAACAAGAUAAAAAAAACAAAAUAUUUUUUUCUCAUUUCUCGUAGCGUCUAACCUUUCAACGGAAAACUGUUAUUUAUAUGAAAGACCCACCCCUUAAUUUUCGAUUAGAAUUCAUCCCUUAAAAAAUAUUGCACUUAUCUGGUAACCCCUUGUAUAUUUAAAUAUUAAUAUCUUCUAGGUGCCAAAUGAAAACAUAUAUGAUAUAUCCUAAUUAAUAUAUAUAUUUAUAUUUUUUAAGUAUCAAACAGUAUUUAUUUUCUACAGCUCUGAAUUGUGAUAAACUACUUAGAUAUAGAGUAUGGAAAUCAAGUAAUAUGUUUUGUCGUUAGUUAACUGUAGAGUAGAUUAUUAUUUGUUUAUAUUUUCUAUUGCAAUCAUAACUUAUUAAGUUAAUGAAAAUUCAUAUUAUAUUGAAUAAUUGAAAUUUUGUGGAAACUUGAUCAUUAAAUAGUUUAAAUGAA